GGACGGGCGGCCUAACGUCUCCCCUCGUUGAAAAGUUGGGGGUGGCGGGGGCGGUCGGGCCGGUUUUAUCCUGCGGUUAGCAGCGGGCGCCCGCACCAGGACCGGCAAAGAUGGCGCAGGCUCUCUCAGAGGAGGAGUUCCAGCGAAUGCAGGCUCAGCUGCUGGAGCUGAGAACCCAGAACUACCAACUCUCGGAUCAGCUUCGGAAACAGAAUGCAGAAUUGAAUUCUCUGCGGCAGAAGUCUACCAAUGUGGAGAAGGACUUGGCAAAGGCACAGAAGGCUGUAACGAAAAGCAAGAAGGCCCAGGAAAUGGAUGCCCUCCUGAGCGAGAAUGAGAUGCUUCAGAGUAAACUGCACAGCCAAGAGGAUGACUUCCGCCUACAGAACACCACUCUCAUGCAGGAGCUCUCCAAGCUCUGCUCACAGAUCGAAGAGCUGGAGGCGGAGAAUAAACGGAUUAAAGACGGGGCCCCCGUGUCCGACACCGUGUCACAGUCCAGUCCGGUUGAUGGGGAACUACUGAGACUACAGGCGGAGAAUACAGCACUACAGAAAAACGUGGCAGCUCUGCAGCAACGCUAUGAAAAAGAGAUCCUCUCCCUUCGCCAGAGCGAAGAGAAGGAUGUCAAUGUGCAAGAAGUGGACAUCACAGAUGGACUGGUGCCUACCACGGAGAAGCAACAGGAAGCAGAGGAGGGGACUGAGAAAGGGGCACAAGAACUGAGCAAAACCCUGAUGGAGAAAUUGGAGCAGACAGAGUCCAAGUGUGCCAAACUGGAGCAGAAGCUGAAGGAACUUAGCGACGUGGAACUGAAGUGGGAGAUGGAACGCGAGGAGAAAAGGUUGUUGAAGGAGCAGAUUCAAGCGCUGGAGACCUCGAAACAAAGCGAGCAGAAUAAACUGCAGGAGGAGAUCAGUAAG